AUGAUCAAGUCUUCCAAGCCGGCGUCCUUCAGCAGCGGCAUCAUGCUCUCCAGGAGCGAAGCGCAGCGUCAGAAAGGCGAUGAGCUGCGGAUGCGCGCAGCGGGUAUCGACCCGACAAAGGUGGACGAGCAGUGGGCCGGAGAGGUAAUGUCGAGGAGGCAGAAGAAGGAAGCUAAGGUAGAUGAGGAGCAGGAGAGAGAAAAGAAAGAGGCAUCCGAUCUUCCGAUGGAGAAAAGUGAGGUUGUUGGAAAGAAGCCCGAUGGGCGGCUGAAGUGGCUGCACAAGGCGCUUGUCCUCGCCUCCAAGGGCCGAAUCCCUGCUCCAGCCAUCUACGACAUCGUGCAAUCCUCCAAGUUCACGCAAGGCGUCGGCUCCAAGGUGGGCAUGCAGAUGAAGGGCCUCGUGCUGGCCAACCUCCAUCUCUUCAAGAAGGAGCAGCAGAAGAGCCUUCAAAAUGGAAGGCUGAUGGACUUCUCUGGCGCCGGUGGCAGCGAGUCACGAAGUCCUUCGCCAAAGAAGCGAAAGAAGGAGAAGGAUCGCUCGGAUGAAGAGGACAGGGAGCGGGACGAGGCCAAGCACAAGAAAAGUAAGAAGGACAAGGACAAGGCCAAGGAUGUGGAAGAUGGCCAUUUCGACAAGAGCGAGGUGGCCAGCAAGAAGCCCUCCAGCCGACUGCGGUGGUUGCACGAGGCCUUGGUCUCCGCCCUCGAGGGCCGCCUUGCUGCCUCGGCGAUUUGCGAGGUCGUGCGCUCGUCGAAGUUUGCUUCUGGCCUUGGCACGGAGGUCGGGUUGAGAACCAAAGGCCUGGUCCUGGCCAACUUGCACCUCUUCGAAGAGGAGGAGCGUGAAGAGCUGCAGCGAAGCAGGCUCAUGGAGUUGGACCCUGACGGUGGCGACGAUGCAGACAGUUACAGCUCGCGAAGUCCUACGCCUAAGAAGCGCAAGAAGGACAAGUCUGAUCAUGAAGAUGCGAAGCACAGAGAGAAAGACAAAGAUAAGACCUCAAAGAAGAAGCACUGA